AUGAAUGCCUUUGGAGGGCGGUCGCGGUCCUCAGCAGGGUGGUUCUUUGCAGGCCUCGACUCGUCAUUCCCUGAUCUCGGGACCGAUGAAAGCAACCUAUCAGAUCUCCGUUUCUGCGGUACAGAUCUGAAAGCUGGUUGCAAGGUCUUUCAAGUGCGGAAAUCGGAUCCUUCGCGGAGCACAGAGAUACUCUUGGCCCCUGAUGUUCUCAGUUACGCUGAGCUUGAGGGUGAUCUGAAAGAUCAAGUACUGGUUUUCAAGUUCAAGGGCAAGUUUCACGCCGUCGACCAUAAAUGCCCGCAUUCUUCGUAUCCGCUUUCACAUGGGACACCGUUUGACAUCGAAGAUUUCGGGAUCGUCUUGAGCGCAGGUUUGACAUGUCCGAAGCAUGGAUGGUCGUUUGAUCUACAUUCUGGAAUGGCAGACCGCGCGCGAUAUAAGCUGGGUAUCUGGGAGGUUCAGUUGCGCGACACAGCAUCAAUAGGUUCAACACCAAUAGGAGAGGAUGUUCCAGAUAUAGAAAGUAGAGAUAAAGAGGUGUGGGUAAGGAGAAAGCAGAGAAUAGGAUAA